AUGGUCAAGAACCAAAAGAAGGCGGAAGAGCAUAAAAAGGAAAUUGAAGGAAGGAAGAGCAAUCCCGCAGGACUGCGAUGCUGCAAAUGCAAGGUGUUGAAUGUAUGGCGCAUUAAGUUGAGACAAUGUGGACAUUUUGUUUGCAUCACAUGCAUUCUCGAACAUAUCAUGUAUUGGAUUGAGGAGGAAAAUAAAGUACGAAUAAAAUGUACAAAGAGUACAUGUCCAAAGCAUAUCCAUGAAAAUGAUAUUGACGCCGUGCUUGAUCCUGAUAAUGACGAUUUAGAGACUUUUAUGAAAAGAGCGAAACGCGAGUAUCUAUUACAUGAACACCGAAAACAUAGCAUUUAUUAUGCAUUUGCAGGAUUGAUACAAAGGUGUCCACUUUGUAAGGCGCUUUAUACAGAGUACAAUGGUUGCAAUUUUGUACAGUGCGUUAAUAUAAGAUGUAAACAACGAUUUUGUUGGUUAUGUAAUGAGCCUACAGAAUCACUGCAACAUUUCGCUGGUGGAACAUGCAAACUUGGAUGGGAUGAUUUAUUUAAAAUCUGUUUCAUACUCAAAUUUUUGGCAUUCACCGAAGGAUGCUUGCUCAUUAUUUUCUUACCGCUCGUUAGCACAACUUUAAUUUAUUUUGGACCGUUAUUAGUAUUGAUCACAUUCCCUUACCAUAUAAUUUUAUUGUUUCGAGAAUGCAUGCGUGGAAUGGGUAAACCGCCAUGGGUAAUUACUACCUUGGCAGUGGCUCUGUACCCGAUCAUGAUGCUAGCAGCGGUGCCUUUCGCCAUUGGUUCAUUGAUAUUUCUGAUACCGAUGUCGGUUGCAUACUGCACGAUAGCAAUCAUCAAAUGUAUUCCUGCAUUUUCACGAGCUUGUGAUAUCCUUUAUCUUAUGUCAGUAUUAGUUGGUUAUUUUGGCUUAGAUCAAUGGCGUACCAUUUUACGAGAAAAUUAUGAAGCCAACCGUCAACAUGAAGUAGAAAUUGCACAAGAAAGGGCGGAAUUGAAUGAAUGUUUGUUCUUCUCAAAUUAA